AUGAAUUCUCCUGAUUCGGGCAGCGUUAGAUUAAAGUGGAAAAGGUUCGUGUCCAUUCAUCGGAAGGAUUUCAACACAGUGGGAAAAUUUGCUGUGUGCUCGGAGCAUUUUACAAGGGAUUGUUUUACGCUUGCUUUUCCGAUGAAAGGCAUGAAAAGGAAUUUGAAGAAGGGGACGUUUCCAAUCAUUUGGAAAAAAUCCUCUCAAACACUAUCAAAGCGGAGUCGACGAUCGGUGAGUGAAAUUACAAUGUAUUUGUGCUGUGCUUAUCACCAUUAUAUUUAUUUCCCCAUUUACCUGUGACAUGAUUUUUUCUGGCAUCGUUGUUCAAUAUUCGUGUAAUGAAUGCUCUGACUAUUUGGACUUCCCAUAUUGUUGCAUGUGUUUUCAUACUUUUCUGCUUUCUUCUCAUAGUUGUAGUAAAACGGGCAUUUGCGCUGAGUGGACGUGAAGUCAAUUCCCCAAUUCCCAGACCUUUCCACUCAAGCGUAAAAUUUAGAAAAAGUGAAGCUACAUAGAAAUCCGGCUCUCUAUUUUUUGAGAGAUUAUCUUGCUGUUACUUUGAGAUUUGACAGUACUCCAAACUUCCCUCCAAGAAAUCUUACAGCAAAUUAGGAGUUACACGCGAGUCUUUUAAAACGACCAAAAAUGGACUUAGUCUGAUUGCUACAUUCUAUAAGUUCAGUUACUGUUUGCGAGUUUUUUUCCAUUGUAUUUUAAUUCUAUUUUCACUGUCUGCAAAUGAUGCAUACAUUUUAAGGCAAAGAUGCGGUUAAACCUUGCUUCCAUUUCUACUUUUGAAAACAUCGACAUAAAGCUCAAAUUUAAACUUGUUUUGAAGGGGAGAUAUAAAAAAUGGUCGUACCUAUUUUCAUUUUUAGCUACUAAAUGAAAUUCUGGCUGGUCAAACUACUAAUGAGGAUACAGAGGAAGAAGACAAUCCUGAAGAAGAGGUGAUCUCUUUGAAAGGAAGUUCUGCACCUGAGGAGAGUGCUGACACUAUGGGGGCUCCCAAUCUGUCUCCAGAAGUCGAGGGUGUUCUGAACACAAGUCAGGGUUCUUUGCUUGAGGUAAAUCCUGAAAAGGAGGGCUGCAUCCCUGAGACUGAGACGGGUGAGAUAAGUGUUGAUGCUGAGAUGGCUUCAGAGGUCCUAGGUACUCCUGGUGAUAAGACAACUCUCGAGAGCCAAGGGAUUUCCGGCACUGAUGAGGUUACUGAGACCAUGCAGAUCCUGGAGGCUCAGGGAAUCGAAAAACUGCAGGUUAUGGAUGAAGUUAUGGAGAUUGAUGAAUCAUUAACGAUUCCUGAACUUGAACAGGUUUCUAUGGUAGGCGCAUAACUCUAAUUAAUGUUUAUUUGCAUCUUUGUAUUAUCAUAACAAUGGAAAACUACAUGUGCAGUUAUUUUACAACAAUACUAAAACACAAAAAUUCUGAAGUCUUGUUAUUACAGCCUGUAUUAAUGUUGAAAGUUUGUUUUUUGUAGGAUACUCCAACUGGACAUGCUGGGAACUGCACAACAUGCAAAACCCUGGGGAGUAAGGUGACUCAGUUAAGGGGCAAAGUCACAAGUAAGUUAAUCUCCAAUCAAGAUCAGUGGGUUGAAACCUUUAAGAGCAUACAAGAGCCGAAGCAGUUGCUGAUGGUGAAUGCUGGUGACUCAACAAUAAUUAUUGAUGUUGAUGAGUCAUAUAGGCAUAACUGCCUAUCUUUAUAUUUCUAUUACAUUUUAUCAAUAUUUGAUUAUUUAAUAAUAAUUAAAAUUUUAAUGGUAAUAGAAUUUUUUUAAUUCCAUUUGUUUAAGCUAUUCAAACUGAUCCAUGGCCAGUAACAAAUGAGACAGAGUUAGGGCUAGAGGAUGAAUCAGAAGAUGAGCAGGAAAUGCAGGACGACGCGUAUGAGGAGUUUGAGUGUGAUGAAGACCCUAAAUGGAGUCCUGAAGAAAUCGAAGAUGCAUAUAAAAAACUAAAGGAAGAUGAUGACUAG